AAGUUUUAUCUUUAAAAUCCAACUAACCAAAAUUCUCUUUCUCUCUACUUUUUCUCUCUUGUCGGUGAAUUUGGAUUUGUCUACUCUCUCCAUCCCACCAUCAUAAUACCACCUGCAACCCUUCCCUCUUCUCUUUAUCUCUCUCCGACAUAUUAAUUCUCUGUCAUAGUCUCUCUCUCUCUCUCUGGCGAAACCCAGAUCGAAAAAGUCGGUCAGUUCCUCUUAAAAAAAAGUCUGUUUCUUUGGAGGGAUUCAAGAUCCUCCAUGGACGGAGUAGCUAACGUAGCAGUCUCCGGGACGACGACGACGACGAGGAAGAGAGAGAGACCUUACAAGGGUAUAAGGAUGAGGAAGUGGGGCAAAUGGGUCGCGGAGAUUCGCGAGCCUAACAAGCGCUCUAGGCUAUGGCUCGGCUCUUACUCCACCCCCGAGGCCGCUGCUCGGGCCUACGACACCGCCGUUUUCUACCUCAGAGGACCCACGGCGAGGCUCAACUUCCCCGAGCUUCUCACCGGAGAGAAAUUCACCGAGGAGGACAUGUCGGCCGCCACGAUUCGGAAGAAAGCGACGGAGGUCGGCGCUCAGGUCGACGCUUUGGGCUCGGCGGUGCUGGAUAACCGCCACCGUAUUUUUGGUCAGGAUCGAGAGAGUUCUGAUGAUGAUAACAAGAACUUUCAUCGGAAUUAUCAAAACGAAGAUGAAGAUGAGAAGAGGUUGAAGAGUGGCGGGUGGUUAUUGGAACGGGUUGACUUGAAUAAACUACCCGACCCGGAGAGCUCCGAUGAAGACUGGGAGACCAAAUGAUAAUAAUAUUAUUUAAUAUAAUUGGAGCGGCCACGGUGGCCGCUCCUAACGCACGCCUCCGCCUACCUCUGCGAAAAUCAUUUAGCGCCGUUUAUGUUUUUUUUUUUGCAUUAAUUAUCUGAAAUUUUAGGGUUUUAGUUGGUUUUUUUUUUUGCUUCUUUCUUGUCUUUUAUUACGUGUUUUGGUGGUUUAUCGAAUUUUAGGCUAUUGCUUAAAGAAUGCAAAAUGUAUAUUACAACUCAUUAUUACUUAUUAAUGAACCCCCCCGA